ACAUUCACAGUCGCGCUCCUAUCCUCUUAGGAGGUAAAAAAGAAGGAACAAGGCUUCUUAAUUUCUUAUCGCACUGGUCAUCUUUUAUUUUUUUAUUGUUUAGGUGAAUACAUUGCGCUGUAUAGUGUCGGAUCUGUGGACUGGAGCAGCGAUGUCGGAGUUUCUGGUAAAUCUACUCGGGGAGCGGCUCGUCAACAGUGAAAAAGCCGAGGUGGAUGUCCAGGCGCUGGGCAGCAAGCUGUCCUUGAUUGGACUCUACUUCGGCUGCAGCCUGAACGGCCCCUGCAAACAGUUCAACGCCAGCCUGUGUGAGUUUUACAGCAAGUUCAAAAAAUCAUCAGAACACAAAGACAAACUGGAAAUUGUCUUCGUCUCAUCCGAUCAGGACCAGAAACAUUGGCAGGACUUCUUACAGGAGAUGCAAUGGCCGGCGUUGCCUUUUAAAGACAGACACAAAAAGAUGAAACUGUGGAACAAGUACAAGGUGACCAGUAUCCCGUCUCUGGUGUUUGUGGACGUGGCCACGGGGAAGGUGGUGUGCCGAAACGGCCUGCUGGUGGUGCGGGACGACCCCAAAGGCCUGGAGUUCCCCUGGGGGCCGAAGCCAUUUGCGGAGGUGGUGGCCGGGCCCCUGCUCAGGAGUGAUGGGCAGACCACAGACAGCAGCUCCCUGGAGGGCUCCUACGUCGGGGUCUACUUCUCCGCCCACUGGUGCCCUCCGUGUCGCAGUCUCACCCGGGUGCUGGUGGAGUCGUACCGCACUGUGAACGAGUCCGGACAGAAGUUUGAGAUCGUCUUUGUCAGCGCAGACAGGUCGGAGGAGUCCUUUAAGCAGUACUUCAGCGAGAUGCCCUGGGUGGCCGUUCCGUAUUCAGACGAGGGCCGACGGUCGCGGCUCAACAGGCUGUAUGGAAUUCAAGGCAUCCCCACCCUGAUCCUGCUGGACCCCGAGGGGCGCGUGAUCACGAGGCAGGGGCGUGUGGAGGUGCUCAACGACCCCGAGUGCCGGCUCUUCCCCUGGCACCCGCGGCCCGUGCUGGAGCUCAGCGAGUCCAACGCCGUUCAGCUCAACGAGGGACCCUGCCUGGUGCUGUUUGUGGAUGCCGAGGAAGAGGAGGAGCUUGGGCCGGCCAAGGAGCUGAUCCAGCCAAUUGCGGAGAAGAUCAUGGCCAAGUACAAGGCCAAGGAGGAGGAGACACCGCUGCUCUUCUUUGUGGCGGGAGAGGACGACAUGAGCGACUCCCUGCGCGAUUACACCAACCUGCCAGAGGCGGCGCCGCUGCUCACCAUCCUGGACAUGUCGGCCCGUGCCAAGUACGUGCGUGACGUGGAGGAGAUCACGCCCGCCGUGGUGGAGGAGUUUGUGAGCGACUUUCUGGCCGAAAAGCUCAAACCAGAGCCAAUCUAGAAAUAGAGUGAGAGAGCAAGAGAGAGAGACAGACAGACAGACAGACAGACAGAGAGAGUAGCAGCCCAGAGUGGACUGAAACCCCAAAUUCUCUUUCUCCCCUCCCCCCCCUCCUCCCCCCUUUACAGACUUCAUCACUCCUCUUCUUCUUCCUUCCUGGCCAGACUGUUAAAGCCAAACCUUUGUUGAGAAUUUUUUUUUUUUUUUACUUUUUUUUAUGUCCUCUUAUCAUGAAG